AUGGAUUGUUCUUCAAAUAAAUUAGAAGAAGUUAAGAAAAUGGUGAAUGAACUCACCAAGACUGUGAAUGAUGUGACGAAGAGCCUAAAGAUAUGGAGAAAUUCUGAACCUCAUAAGUAUUUUAUAUACCAAAAAAUGGGUCAUAUUUCCCACAAUUGUCCUAAUAAGCAACAAGUAAAGAGUGAAACAAGUAAAGGGACCAAAUCAGAACGAAUGAUAAAACAGACUAACGUGCGUUUUUUUGAAUUCGUAAAUAAUCAAGAAUGUCAGUCUGUGAGGAAGGUUAUAACAGAAAAGGAAUUGGCCGUUGAAAAUUGUUUGAAGAUAGAAAUUGACUUAGACAAUGAAAUAUUUGAUGUAAGGGCCUUGAGUAAGCGGCACUAUGCUGAAGACUACAUGUUUCUAAAAUGCAAAAGAAGGAAUGCUGAUAGGUUGUCAAGACGCCCUGAAGAAGUUAAGUAUGAAGAGAUUACUGAUGAACAAUUUAUUGAAGGAAUGUUGAUGCAU